AUGGUUUCAAAACCCAAGCGAGUUGCUACUGCAGCGGCAAGAAAGGCGGCUGCACGCAUGCGUAUAGCCGGAGAGAGUACUUCCCACACCUUAGCAGCAGGUGAUUCGUCGCCUGCUGCUGUGAACAGUCCACGUGGUGAGUCACCACGUGUGACAGGCACAUCCGCUGCGUCUGCAGCGGGUACCACGAAUCGUAAUCCGGAUAAGUCUGAAAUAAAUCUCAUCUAUUCUGGCCGGUCGUAUGAUGUAUCCGACUCGAAGGCGACAUCUCACGCCUCCGGAUCACCCGGGGCGGACACUGCAAUAUCCAGGUUGACUGGCUCUGGUCAACGUGGCGGUAUCAUGUCCGAGAUCUUCGGAUCGAGCGAUUAUUACGACGAAUCUCCGCCUCAAGCAAUUCCAUCCAACGAUAGUACGCGUGGUGAUGGUGGUGAUGCACCUCUAUAUCACCACGAGCGAAGUAACUCGAGGGACCGGGGUAUCACUGGUGUCAGUGCUCAUGCUGACACCAAUUGA